AUGAUUUUGUUGGGAGAUUCUUGUUAUUUCACUCUCACCAAACCUCGUUUUCUCCGACCCAACACCGAUUCAGUUUCCAAUGUCCACAAAACAAGAAUAACCAAAAGGGUGCAAUGUUUGCGAAAGUGUGAACUCAUAGAUUUCCAUCAAGAAUUGAUUCCUUACGAAGUGGCAUGGUCUUUACAGAAACACAUUGUCAAAGAAAAGAAAUCACAGAUUCACACCGAAGGAGAUUGCGACGAUACUCUCAUUGUUUUGCAACACCCUUCUGUUUUUACAUUGGGUACUGCUAGUUCUGACAAUAACCUCAAUUUCGACAUUAAAAAUCCUCCCUUUCAUGUUCAUCGUACAGAACGUGGUGGAGAAGUUACAUACCAUGGUCCUGGUCAGCUAGUGAUGUAUCCGAUUAUCAACCUUAGAAAACAUAAGAUGGAUCUUCAUUGGUAUCUCAGAAAACUUGAAGAGGUUGUUAUUGGUGUUCUGUCUUCAACCUUUUCGAUUCGUGCUUCUCGGGUUGAAGGCUUAACCGGUGUUUGGGUUGGAAAUGAGAAAGUGGCAGCUAUGGGUAUAAGAGUGGCUCAAUGGGUAACCUACCAUGGCUUAGCACUCAAUGUCACGACGGAUUUGAGUCCCUUUAAAUGGAUCGUCCCGUGUGGAAUCCGCGAUCGUCAAGUUGGGAGUAUCAAAGGGUUGCUGAGAGAAGCUCGGUCAUCGUGUAAUGAUCAUGGAACAUCUGAUUUGCAUGGUUUGGAUGAUGACAGUCUUAUUCAUAUUACUCAUAAGUCCUUAAUUGAAGAGUUCUCAAAAGUGUUUCAGCUUGAGUAUCAUUAUAAAACUAUUUCUGUACCCAUGUUGUGUGGAAGUGAAGGAAAGGAAAUUGCAUACCAAAGAAACAGCAAACUUGAAUUUUUGUAA